AUGGGAAAAACCAAACCUACUCAGAUUCAAAAACUUAUCACUCCUGUUUCCACGAGUCAGGCUGAUAUUUCAGGCGAUGGGUUUAACGACAUUAUUAUCUGCUUUGACUAUGGCAAUACAAUACACGACUUCAACCCGGACGGAGGGCACAUUGUAUGGCUAGAAAAUCCGGGAAAGAAUAUCAGUACAGUACCUUGGAAACAGCAUUAUGUUGGAAGAUCAGCAACCAUGCACAGGCUUAAAAUUGGUUAUUUUACGCAAACGAAACGGUUAGAGAUUAUAGGUUUACCUAUCGUAAAUGGGCCAUUUGAUGUACCAGUACCUGUGUUGUUAUUUCGACAGCCAGAUGAUGUGCUAUCUGCUAAAGCGUGGGAUUGUGAAACUGUUGAUGAAGAUUUUUUUCAUAUAAUUCAUGAGGCUAAAAUGUUUAAAGUAAAUUCGUUGGACCAACUUCUGAUUGCAUCACGGGAAGGUCUUAGUUGGCUUUACUAUAAUGAAAACUCAGCGAAGUGGAUCAUUGUAAAAAUUGCCACUGGUGAAGAAAAAGAAAAACAGCAGACAAACUACUAUGGUAGUGGUAAUGUCGAUAUUGGAAAAGUUGGAAGUGACACUUUUGCUUAUAUUGUUGCAAUCGAGCCCUUUCAUGGGAGUGUAGUUUCGGUCUACACCAAAACUGCUAAUAAUUCACUGACUCAUAUACAAUGGCAAAGACACAUUCUCGAUGAAUAUGGAUAUCCUAACGAAAACGGCGAAGGUACAGGUCAUCAUGUCAUUUGUGCUGACUUCGAUAAAGAUGGAGAUGAUGAAUUUUUAGUCGCACUUCGUGGACCAUCGCCAAACGAGGGUAUCUUUUAUUAUAAGCCUCUUGAUCUCUCUCGUGGUUUAUUUGCCAAAUGGAAAGUUAGUAAUGAAUCUACUGCCAGAAUUGCCUUGGCAGACUUUGAUAACGAUAGUUUUAUUGACUUUGCAACAAUAGGCUAUCAUGUUCCCGGUUAUUACUUGGCAAAAGAUCCUUCAAUUAAUAUUUUUUACAAUCGGUUACCCGUGGGAAAAAAAUUCAAAAAAGAAACGGAUGAGAACGCAUUUUCGCCACAAAGGACUACGUUGUGA